ACAAUAAACGAUUCCGUGCGUGCCAUUCCUCGUCUUCAUUUGUGGGUUUUCUCUAAAUGGACCGUUUGUUCAUUUGCCUCAAGUGUUGCUCACCGAGUGCUGACCACCUUUUGGGAUGUAAAUACAGAACAGGACGCCCGGAUAGCAUUGGAGCUGUAACAAUUAUUCUAAAUUACAUGGGAAGCGACGGCAUGUAAAUCGGCGUUGUAAUACAUUGCAUUCAGCUGGAAUAAGCACUUUUGGGCAAAUGCUUUACGAUCUCAAGGUUUGCCAUGGUUUUAUGAUUGAUAAAAACAAAUACUAUUUUGCCAUACCUGAUAAUUCAGUCGACCUUUCAGGGCAGUGCUGUGUUGACAUAUCCAAAUAUUGAGCUGUUAGGGAAAUCAGGUGACAUGAUUUGUGUAUGCUAUCUUAAAUGCCAUGAAUUCGAAAAAAGGUAUUUUUUGUAACCCUAACCCUAUAUCCUUUAUAUAUUUAAUGUUCAGUACAGUUUUAUGAAUAUCAGAAGGCAUUUGAAUAAGGCAACACAAUUUCAUUGAUAGUGCUGAAUCAUAUGAGUCCAUCUGAAUGUAGCAAAUAUAAAUCCAUCAUACUGGAAUGUAGAGUUAACGCAAAAUUGCGCCAUAAAUGCUGCUUGUCAAAGGCGAUUGGCAACAAAAAAGAAAUAUCUAUUGUGGCAUUAUAUGGUUGAUCUGUCUGUGGAACCUUUAUUCCACAGUGGCCAUACUCACUUGACCAUCCUCUGUAGGAUUUUACUCAGCGUUCAUGUUGCAAAUUCUUUGGAAUAGAGGAGAUCUGAGUUUGAGGUUCAGUUACAGUUCAGUCAAACACAACUGUCUAGCAGUCUGACAAAGAAUGGCUGACAAGACUGCUCCACGUUGUCAACUGAGGUUGGAAUGGAUUCAUGGAUACCGGGGUCAUCAGUGCCGUAACAACUUGUAUUACACUGCCGGGAAGGAAAUUGUUUAUUUUGUUGCUGGAGUUGGUGUGGUUUACAACACCAGAGAACACACUCAGAAAUUCUUUUUGGGACACAAUGAUGACAUUAUCAGUCUUGCUAUGCAUCCUGACAAGGUUCAAGUGGCCACAGGACAAGUUGGGAAGGAUCCUUACAUCUGUGUUUGGGACACUUACGCCUUGCAGACUGUGUCCAUCUUGAGAGACAUACAUACACAUGGGGUGGCUUGUCUUGCAUUUGAUUCAGAUGGACAGCGAUUAGCUUCGGUUGGGCUGGAUGCAAAAAACACAGUGUGUGUCUGGGACUGGAGAAAGGGCAGGGUCCUGGCUACAGCAACUGGACAUUCAGACAGGAUCUUUGAUAUUGUCUGGGAUCCGUUCCAACUUCACAGGCUGGUAAGCUGUGGGGUAAAACACAUCAAGUUCUGGACCUUGUGUGGGAAUGCCUUGACACCCAAGCGGGGGAUCUUUGGAAAGACUGGGGACUUGCAAACCAUUCUGUGCCUGGCAACAGCAAAGGAAGGAGUGACAUACUCUGGAGCGCUGAAUGGGGACAUCUAUGUCUGGAAGGGGUUGAACCUAGCUCGCACAGUCCAAGCAGCCCAUGGAGCUGGGAUUUUCAGCAUGCAUGCUUGUGAGGAAGGGUUUGCCACAGGGGGGCGGGACGGCUGCGUGAGACUGUGGGAUAUGGAUUUCAAACCCAUCACUAAGAUCGACCUACGAGAGACUGAGCAAGGAUAUAAAAGCCUGUCUAUCCGAAGUGUGUGCUGGAAAGCAGAUCGUGUCCUGAUGGGCACCCAGGACAGUGAAAUCUUUGAAGUGAUGGUGCGAGACCGGGACAAGCCACUGCUCCUCAUGCAGGGUCACAGUGAAGGUGAACUCUGGGCCCUUGACCUCCAUCCCAAGCAGCCAGUAGCUGUAACUGGUAGUGAUGACCGCUCUGUAAGGCUCUGGAGUUUGUCUGACCACACUCUUAUUGCCCGCUGUAACAUGGAGGAAGCGGUGCGUAGCGUCUCCUUCAUCAAUGACGGUUCUCAGCUCGCCCUGGGCAUGAAGGACGGCUCUUUCACUGUGCUCCGAGUCAGAGAUAUGACGGAGGUGGUCCACAUUAAAGACAGAAAAGAAGUCAUCCAUGAGCUGAAGUUUUCGCCGGAUGGUUCUUACCUGGCAGUGGGCUCUAACGAUGGCCUGGUGGACAUCUAUGCCGUCGCCCAGCGUUACAAGAAAGUGGGAGAGUGCAACCGCUCAACUAGUUUCAUCACCCAUUUGGACUGGUCGGUGGACAGCCGUUUCCUGCAGACCAAUGACGGAGCAGGGGAGAGGCUCUUUUACAGGAUGCCAGCUGGAAAACUCCUUACCAAAGAGGAGACCAAGGUAAUUCAUUGGAUGACCUGGACAGGCAUCCUUGGGACUGAAGUCAAUGGAAUCUGGCCCAAAUAUGCCAACGUUACUGAUAUAAAUUCUGUGGAUGCCAACUACAGCAGUGCCGUGCUGGUGACAGGGGAUGACUUUGGUCUCGUCAAGCUCUUCAGAUUCCCUUGUCUUAAGAAAGCGGCCAAAUUCAAGAAGUACAUUGGCCAUUCUCCCCAUGUGACCAACGUACGCUGGUCCCAUGAUCUCCAGUGGGUGCUGAGCACUGGAGGGGCGGACCAUGCCUUAUUCCAGUGGAGAUUUCUUCCUGAAGGUGUGAUGAAUGGUGUCCUGGAACCUCUCCUUCAAGAGGGGUACGCUGAUUCAAACAGUGGAGAGUCCGACUCUGAUGUGUCUGAUGUUCCGGAGCUUGACUCUGACAUUGAACAAGAGGCUCAGAUCAGCUAUGAACGACAGGUUUACAAAGAGGACCUUCCACAGCUGAGGAAGAAGCUAGUAGGUUCUCUGAAACGACAAAAGGCUCCAGACGAGGGCUUGCAUUUGCAGUUUGUUCACGGUUACAGAGGUUGUGACUGCAGGAACAACCUGUUUUACACCCAGGCAGGCGAGGUGGUAUAUCAUGUUGCAGCCGUUGCUGUCAUUUAUAACCGUCAACAGCAUGCACAGCGUUUCUACCUCGGUCAUGAUGAUGACAUCCUCAGUCUUACUGUCCAUCCACUGAAGGACUAUGUUGCCACUGGACAGGUUGGCAGGGACCCAGUCAUCCAUGUGUGGGACAUCCAAACACUGAAAUGCUUGUCCUUGCUGAAGGGCUAUCAUCAACAAGGAGUGUGCGCACUGGAUUUCACACUGGAUGGGAAGAUUCUUGUAUCAGUGGGCAUUGACGAAGGUCAUUCAAUUGUGUUGUGGGACUGGAAGAAAGGUGACAAGUUGGCAAAAGCAAGGGGACACAAAGAUAAACUGUUUGUGGUGAAAUGCAACCCUUUCCGUAUGGACAAGCUUGCCACUGUGGGAAUAAAGCAUAUAAAAUUCUGGCAACACACAGGUGGAGGCCUUACAUUCAAAAGGGGUAUCUUUGGAAACCUUGGGAAGCUGGAGACCAUGAUGUCCAUCUGCUACGGGCGAUCAGAGGAACUGGUUUUCUCAGGCGCCACCACUGGAGAUGUAUACAUCUGGAGAGAGACCACCCUUAUGAAGACCAUCAAGGCCCAUGAUGGACCAGUAUUUGCCAUGUGCUCUCUUGACAAGGGGUUUGUAACUGGGGGCAAGGAUGGAGUGGUCGAACUAUGGGAUGACAUGUUUGAGAGGUGUCUGAAGACAUACGCCAUCAAAAGGUCUUCACUGACUGCAGCAUCUAAAGGAUUGCUGCUGGAAGACAAUCCUUCCAUCCGUGCCAUCACUCUUGGACAUGGACACAUCCUUGUGGGGACCAAAAAUGGAGAGAUUUUGGAAAUUGAUAAGAGCGGCCCAAUGACCUUGUUGGUUCAGGGUCACAUGGAGGGUGAAGUAUGGGGUCUGGCUGCCCACCCUCUGCUUCCGAUAUGUGCCACUGUGAGUGAUGAUAAAACACUCAGAAUCUGGGAGCUCUCAACCAACCACCGCAUGGUGGCUGUUCGCAAACUUAAAAAAGGCGGCAGAUGCUGUGCCUUUUCUCCUGAUGGGAAAGCCUUAGCAGUGGGCUUGAAUGACGGUAGUUUCCUCGUGGUGAACGCUGACACCUUGGAGGAUAUGGUGUCCUUCCACCACCGCAAAGAAAUCAUCUCAGAUAUCAGGUUCUGCCAAGAUGCUGGAAAAUACCUUGCUGUGGCUUCACAUGACACUUUUGUUGACAUUUACAAUGUGCUGACCAGCAAGAGAGUGGGCAUUUGUAAAGGAGCUUCCAGUUACAUCACCCACAUUGACUGGGAUACCCGUGGGAAAUUGCUACAAGUCAACACUGGUACCAAAGAACAACUCUUUUUCGAAGCCCCAAGAGGAAAGAAACAAAAUAUCAAUACUGUGGAGUUUGAAAAGGUGGAGUGGGCCACCUGGACCUCAGUCUUGGGACCCACCUGCGAAGGUAUCUGGCCCACACUUAGUUUUGUCAAUGCUGCUUCUCUCACCAAAGACCGGAAACUGCUGGCCACUGGGGAUGACUUUGGUUUCUUAAAGCUCUUUGGUUAUCCUUCCAAGGGACAGUUUGCCAAGUUUAAGAAGUAUGUGGGGCACAGUGCCAAUGUAACCAAUGUACGAUGGUCCAACGAUGACACCAUGCUGCUCUCAGUGGGGGGAGCUGACACAGCGCUCAUGAUUUGGGCCCGGGAGCUGUCGGGACACAAGGAGUGCAAAGCAGUGGACAGCGAAGAAUCAGAUGACGAUGCAGAGGAGGACGGAGGGUAUGACAGUGAUGUUGCUCGAGAAAAAGUGAUUGACUACAUCACCAAGGUUUAUGCCGUCAGCAUCAGGACCAUGGCUGGAAUAAAGCCUCACCAACGAGAGAAAGAAGUUCCCGUGGAGGAAAGGCCUCCAGUCAGUAGAGCUGCCCCCUUACCAGAGAAACUGUUGAAGAACAACGUCACCAAGAAGAAAAAACUUGUUGAGGAACUGGCAUUAGAACAUGUGUUUGGAUAUCGUGGUUUUGAUUGUCGAAACAACCUACAUUACCUCAAUGAUGGCGCCGAUAUCAUCUUCCACGCUGCAGCAGCAGUAGUCAUCCAGAACCUCUCCACUGGUACUCAAAGUUUUUACCUUGAGCACACAGAUGAUAUUCUCUGCCUUACUGUCAAUCAACACCCAAAGUAUCAAAACAUAAUUGCGACAGGACAGAUAGGUGAUAUUACAGACCAGCCAGAGUCGGAAAUUGGUGGCCUUGCCCCCUCUAUACAUGUGUGGGACGCGGUGAGCAAACAGACGCUGUCAGUCCUACGGUGUUCACAUGCCAAGGGUGUGGGCUACGUUAACUUCAGUGCCACAGGCAAGCUGCUGCUGUCGGUAGGGGUGGAGCCUGAACACACCAUAACCGUCUGGCGCUGGCAGGAAGGCACCAAAGUCACCAGCAAGGGCAGCCAUGCUGAUAGGAUCUUUGUGGUCGAAUUCAGGCCUGACUCAGACACCCAGUUUGUGUCAGUGGGAAUCCAGCAUAUCAAGUUCUGGACCCUAGUGGGAGGCUCUCUCAUGUACAAGAAAGGCGUUAUUGGAGCAGUGGAAGAUGGCAGAAUGCAGACCAUGUUAUCUGUGGCUUUCGGUGCAAAUAACCUCACAUUUACUGGUGCCAUAAAUGGAGAUGUGUAUGUAUGGCGAGAACACUUCUUGGUACGAGUGGUGGCCAAAGCACAUACAGGCCCUGUUUUUACCAUGUAUACCACGCUCAGGGACGGACUCAUUGUGACAGGAGGGAAAGAGAGGCCGACUAAAGAGGGCGGAGCAGUUAAGUUGUGGGAUCAAGAGAUGAAACGCUGUAGGGCGUUCCAACUGGAGACGGGGCAGGCAGUGGAGAAUGUUCGAUCUGUGUGCCGGGGGAAGGGUAAAAUUUUAGUGGGAACUAAAGAUGGUGAGAUCAUUGAGGUAGGCGAAAAGAAUGCAGCCUCCAAUACCAUGAUCAACGGACACACUCAGGGCAGAAUCUGGGGACUAGCUACACACCCCUCCAAAGACAUGUUCAUUUCUGCCAGCGAUGACGGCACGAUCCGCAUAUGGGACCUAGCAGAUAAGAAACUUCUAAACAAAGUCAACUUAGGCCACCCAGCCAAAUGCACAGCCUACAGCCCCAAUGGAGAGAUGGUGUCCAUAGGAAUGGAGAACGGAGAGUUUAUCGUCCUCCUGGUCAACUCCUUAACAGUUUGGGGCAAGAAGAGAGAUCGGAGUGUAGCCAUACAAGACAUUCGAUUCAGCCCAGACAACCGUCUGCUAGCUGUGGGCUCAUUCGACAGUGCAGUGGACUUCUAUGACCUAACUCUGGGUCCCUCACUUAACCGCAUUGGGUACUGCAAGGACAUUGCUGGAUUUGUCAUUCAGAUGGACUUUUCCGCUGACAGCAAAUACAUUGAGGUAUCCACCGGUACAUACAGUCGACAGGUCCAUGAAGUUCCAUCAGGGAAAUUGUUAGUUGAGCAAUCUGUAACUGAAAGGAUCACUUGGGCCACCUGGACAAGUGUACUAGGAGAUGAGGUGCUGGGGGUGUGGCCACGAAAUGCUGAAAAGGCUGAUGUCAUUUGUGCAUGCGUUUCUCAUGCUGGCCUCAAUGUGGUUACCGGGGAUGACUUUGGCCUGAUCAAGCUUUUCGACUUUCCUUGCACCGAAAAAUUUGCCAAACACAAGCGGUACUUCGGCCACUCUGCUCAUGUGACAAAUAUACGUUACUCCUUUGAUGACAAAUAUGUGAUCAGUGCUGGUGGCAAUGACUGCAGUUUGUUUGUAUGGAAAUGCCUGUGAAUAAGGGUCACACCAUCUCACUGGAGCUCUUCAAAUGUGGAGGAAUUAUCUGGAAGCUAAAAUCUAAGCUGCUGCACGCCUGACAUGCUGCAUUUAUACAUAUGUGGACUGAUGUUUACCUUAACUAAUUUAAAUUGGUUAGAUCUAGAUUUAGAUUUAUUUAUAAUAUUUAAUUAUAUAUUUAUUAUUUUAUUUUGUAUAUUAUGGUAGCACACUACAUAGACACACUACAAGACACACUACAUAGAGCUAGCUCCACCCUCAUGCAUACUUACUCUGUGUCCAUGACAUAACCGAUAUUGUCUAUAUGACACUGAUAAAUAUUGUCCCAGACGUGCUGGUGGUCCAAGCCACUCAACCUUCCAAUCAGACCCAAUAAACAUUUAUAUACAAUAAUGAACAUUAGUUUGAUUAGACCACCCACCCAGCCCAAGCCGCACACACCUUGGACACAAGCCAAUGUUGUAGUCGUUCCAACCUUGCAAACAAACUUAAUAGACCACAAAGCUUCAUCUUUGAAUGAAGUGAACAUCAAUAAAUAUCUUAAUAAGUUAAAUUCUUGUAAUUGCACUGUCCCAUGGGAUACAAUAAUGAUUAUAUUAUGAAUAUAAUUCAGUUUGUGAGUUUAUGUAUGACCCUAGAAGAAGCUUUGGAAAUUAUGCAUUGGGAUUGAUUUUAUUUUGCAAAUAAGUAUGUGAUAUCGAAAAUUUUAAUGAUAUUUGUUAGAUAACAAAAUCUCAAUUUUAUUAUCAUCAACUGCAAGUUUAAAUAAUUGGAUGGCAAUCUACAUUUCAUUGUGUUAUUCUUUGAAAGUGAAAAUAUAGUUAUAUGCAAUAUACUGGAAAACAAAGGCAUAUUGACUGACUGUAACAUGAGGCACAAUUUUCCAGAAGAAAUAUCAAAAAGGUAAAAUUUAGUUUUACCACAUUAAUCGUUGUUAAACUUCUUUCUCAUGCUCCACACAAAAUGGCAAAAACCAACGUCAAGUCAAUUUAAUAUACAUACUUCCUUCAGCCAUCAAUGCAUGAGGUUUAAGUGCCUUUAAGGAAUUACUUUCAAAUAAUAUUUUCAUUUUUUAUACAGUUCUGGUGCUAUAAAACAUGUAGUCAUAAGGGCUUUUUUAAAAGUUGGUGGGAUUGAUAUUAUUUUUUUUCUUAUUAUUGUUAUACAUUAACAGAAACAUAUAUUUCUUUUUUCUGCUAUUUGUCUAAAAAAAAUAUCUAAAUCCUUGGAACUCAGGAGCCAUACAAGGCAUUUAAAGGGAACUUUAACUGAAACACUGAAUUGAUAUUGUGCCCCCUUAUCUGGCCAAAAAGUUGUUAUAAAAUAACCAUUCAUUUGUUAAAGUAUUUAAUGGUAAUAAGCUAGCGCAGUUUACAUUUGCAUUAACAUUUUGUGGCAGAGUCAAAAGUAAGCUAAAUCAUGUAAUGCAGGCAUCAUAAGCAUCAGCCCAAAGUUGUUCUGCUUUUUAUCUACUUUCUAAAAAGUUUCAAUAUUAUAUGAAAAUGUUUUGCACUUCACACAUCAAAUGGACAAAGGAUUUCAGCUAAUUUGUUCCUCUGGCUUGAAUGAUUAUCCUUGACUUUGUCAAAGGUUUUGGGACACAAUAUCAAAUUAUUAUACAGCUCCGGAAAAAUAUAAGAGACCACAGCACCUUUUUCU